UGCUUUUAACAAAAUACAGGUUGUAUCAAUCGUUGAAAUAAAAAAUCCCGUAUUACGCUACUCGCUGUUUCCAAAUCCGUAUUACCAUACUAGCCGGACUACUUCGACCCAUUUAAUGACGUCACAUUACACGCACCGAAAAUAGAAAUAUUUUAUAUUACGAAAUAUAUUACGUAGCACAUCGUGUGACGUCAUUUCUGUGACAAAACACAAUAGUUUUAUCUAAACUCUGUAAGGACAUGUCGGACCUGUUGUUUUUUAGCAGUAAACUAUGUGUUAAAAACGUAUAUUCGAGUGUGUGUUUAUCUUGCAUAAAUGUAUAUUUCGAUAGGAAUACAAUAAAAUAGUUUGGUUUAAACUAAGUUUCGAUAAAGCCAUGGAAGAUAGAAGUGGAAGUGCAUAUCGUUUAAACGUUUUUGUUAUAAACAUCGGAUUAAAGUUGUCAACUUAAUUGUUAUAAAAAUUGGAUUAACGAUGGCAUUAAGAGAAAACGAAGUCACAUACAGUUACAAGGAAACCAGUAGGUGGGAAAGAGACAGCCGACAUAUUAACAUCGGAAUAUACAUAAUGCAGCAGACACUAUAUCUAGCCGUGUUCCUAGCUUUGUGUGCCUUUGCAACGAGUCAGGGCCAGCUUCGUAUGAUGCCAUGGAAUCCUCUCCCGCCAUCUAUGGUCCCUGGGAUCAAUCUGCCCCUGAUACAUAUUAGCCACGCACCGUGGCAUCGAGGCGGUGCGUGGACAAGGGACAAUAUUUUUGGGAGCCCAUUGUUUCCAGGAGGAAUGGCCAGUGGUCAAAUGUUGCCAACAGGUCCGUUCUGGGGUCAGCAGUGGAGCACUUUUGGUCAGAACGGGCAGCGGCCAAUGAACAUUCAGAACGGUCAAUGGCUGUCAAGCGGUCAAAACGGCUUUAAUAGUCAGUGGCCAGUACAUGGUCAGAAUGGACAAUUUUCACCAAAUGGACUGAAUGGACAAUUGUCCGUUAAUGGGCAGAAUGGGCAAUUUUCACCAAAUGGACUCAGUGGACAAUUGUCGGUAAAUGGACAAUCUGGACAAUUGAUGGACCAGUCGCAUGUUCUGCCUAAUUCGUGGGCAAUUAAUGGCCAACAAAGCAACACUUUUUCAACAACUGACACCUUUGGCUCGGGAAUGCCGUCUGUAAACAGCGACCCCUGGGGAAUGUACAAACAACUUGCCAUGGAUUCAUCGCUCGGGACCCAGUCCGCUUCCAGAAAUCAGGGCGCGUUAAACCAGCAGACGGGUUUUGACAACGGUUUCCUUUCCGGUUCCGACCAGACUGGUUGGACACCUAUUGACGGGUUCCGGAAUGAGAACCAAAACUUCAACAACGGAUUUACGUCACCAAACGCAGGUUCCGCAACGAAUUUUGGAGUAAACCUUCCACCGUGGACAGGUUAAAUAAAACUUUAACUUGCCGUUUGCUUAUUUGUGCAUAUUGAAAGAAAGAACUCGAUGUGUAUUGAAUAUAUUCUUACAUCGAAUAGAGCGUGAUUUGUCCAUAUCUUUACCUCACACUGAAAACUUGUAUCUUUACGUGUACACUAUUUAUUGUUAUACCAUACUUAUUGCAUACUUUUUUCCGUAUCCAAAACUAUUUUUCUUACUUUGUUGUUAGUCUUUCAACGU